CACUUCCAGUCCGAGCAUCUAUUCGAACAUUUAUCUAUUCGCGAAUUGUUUCCGUCUAUAAAAUUCCAUUUGGAUUCAAAUAUUCUUUGAGAAAAUUAUAUAUAUAUAUAUAUAUAUAUAUAUAUAUAUAUAUACAUAUCUUCUUUCUCGUCUUAUCAAAAUUUAAGUUCGAUCAUACAGAAGCAAACAAUCAUGAAGUGUGACGUCUUAUUCUUUGUCAAUCUGAUCUUACUUUUUUUGAUCGUCGAUUUUGGCCAAUCGAUGGAUUUACCCGAUUUUCUACACAUUUGUGAACGUGCCAAUCCUAACAUCAUUAAUUGCAUCACCGAAAGUGUAGAAUCUUUGAAGCCUUAUCUUCAGAAAGGUGUACCAGAAUACAAUAUACCAUCAUUAGAGCCACUUUUAUUAAAACAAUUGAUUGUUAGUGAAAAAUCUGGUUUAAGGAUAAGUGCGAAGAAUGUAGAAACUUAUGGUGCCAGUGAUUUUAGCAUAACCGAUCUGAAGGUAAACUUCGACAAUUUGGAGUUCGCAAUGAAUAUCAAACUGCCGCACUUACACGUUGUAGGUACAUACGAGAUCAAUGGAAAAAUAUUACUUUUGCCAAUUGAAGGAUCUGGUCCAAUGACUGGAAACUUCACUCACUGUGCCGGAUCGGUCAAUGUACGUGCCACGAAAAUACAAUUACCAAACGGGAAGAAUCAUGUGCAGAUCGAGGAAUUUAAAAUGAAAAUCACAGUUGGCAAGGGUAAUAUAAAUCUAGAGAAUCUUUUUGGCGGUGAAAAGGUACUCGGUGAUGUUAUUAAUUCAGCUAUCAACAGCAAUUUCGAUGCAUUCGUUAAAGAAUUACAGCCAUUGAUAGAGAGAACAUUAUCGGACGCUUUUCGUGAGAUCGCUAAUAGUAUUGUCAGUAAUUUCACUUACGAGCAACUCUUCCCAUAAAAUUGAAAGAAAAAGAAAGAAAAUGUAAAAGAUAAGAAAGAGGAAAAGAAAAGAAAAGAAAAGAAAAGAAAAGAAAAGAAAAGAAAAGAAAAAAAAAGAGAACGAAAAAAGGGAGAGAC